AUGGUGGACUAUUUUCUGCCGAGUCGAAAUGCGGAUAACGAAUGUCCCUACACCUUUGCUAGGGUCGCGUUGGUGGUGUUUUUCGUGUGGGAUUUGUUCACUUGCAAAGUGAUCACUUGCUUUACUAACACUACUGGAAAUCGCACCUCGUCCAUACUUGUUAGCUCAGACUCUCUUCUACCUUACGCUUUUUUUUGUGAAGGAAUAUGGCUCAUCUUCCUAUUUAUUGUCUUUUGCUCCCACGGACGGUAUUGGCCUUUGCGAGAUAUCCUUCUAGCAGAUGCGAGAUCUGAUUAUGAAAUGCCUUUGGGUUUUGCGUUCAUCAUCCUUCUUUUUGGUAUUUACAUUGGUAUUGUCGCUUUUGUUCUCAAGGUGUACUGGAUUUACGUAAACUACUUGCAGGUCAAGAAGUCUGUAAUCGUGAACUCUUCAAAUGACGAUGAUAUUAUCUAUAUUUUCAAGCAGACCAAGGUAGCAAUGGAACCGUUGACUCCUUCUGCGCCUUUGUUCAUACAACCAUCACCUUAUAGCGUUCUUUGU